AUGAACUUUAACUACAUCCCUACAACGCAGCCCAUGUCGGGUACAUCAACGGGGCGCAGUUCGCCCAGCGACCUGGCAGGAUCAAAUUCUUCACGGACGCAUUUUAGCUCUACCGGUUCGAUUGGCUCUGCGCGACUUGGGGCUGGAUCCCCAUCUGAGAUGGGGACGCGCCUGUACUCGAAGCGGGCCCGUGAGAUCCAAGCACAGGAAGGCGUCGGCCCUAGUAUUUGGGGCCCGCCGACCAGUGGCCACUCAACCCCGCUUCGCGAAAACAUCCCCGAGUCACCUAGCCAGGAUAGCUUCCCCGAUUUGAUCCCUCCGUCCAGUGGGACGGCUUCAAACUCUGGGCGCAGAGCUCGAGCAGGCACCGUGCCCUCCCGAUUCCCGCCCAUGGGCACCCUCAACGAGAUGGAACUCCAGCAGCCGUUCAUGUCGCAGACGUCCCGUCCAACGCCUUCUACGAGUCCGUUCCGUCCUCCUGGAAUGUCCGGCUUAGACACAGGUGUGAAGGUCAAUAGUUCAGCAGCUCCACCAAACCCCGCGUCGCUGUCGCGCCUUCGGGCUGGUUCGAUGCCCCAGAGAACCACCCUGUUGAACUCGGGUAAUCCUUUUGGCCCUUCGUUGUUUUCAUCAAAUUGGUCGACGGGACGCGAACGGGCUACAACCUUGACGAGCAUUCGAUCUUCCGAAGGUCCUACCUCUCCGAGCCAAUCUUCAUUCUCUGGCGGUGGCUUGGCAGACAGCGAUGUCAAGACACUGGAUUAUUUGGGCCUUGCCGAGACCCCUCAGCAACCCCGGGCCACUCUUGCACGCCCUUCGAUGGAAGCCCUCCUUCAACAGCAACAAGCCUCUACAUUGCCCCCACUCUUGGCCGAGCUGGCGAUGAUGAAGAAUAAUAAUCGCAUUCGCUCGUAUUCCGUAAAUGCCAAGGAGAAAUACGCGGAUGACGAGGACAUGGAAUAUGAGAAUCGUUACGCGCAUGCUCCUUCGGGUACACUUACCCCGAACGCCGCUGCAACAGCCGCUCAGCUGGCUGCAACCCAGGCUCAAAUCCACCAGCACAAUCUGGCCGUCCAGGCCUUUGCUAAUCAUGCUUCAGCCAGCCGUCCUCGUGCUCGCACGGCUGGUAUUCUAGAAGCUCCCCCCCAGCGAUCCUCUAUUCGACCUUACAUCACUGGGCCUUCGCGACUUGAUAACAGUUUCAGCUCGGCAGACUUGCUUGCAGAGAACAGCGAAUACGAGGAAUUGACCGAUGCGGUUCUUUCUAUGCAUCUCGGUGGAGCCAGUGGCUCGGCCCUGGGAUUGCGGGCUACUGGUGAGAUGGCAGACGAGAACAACCAAGAUGGGCCGACUCGCGCGCUCUGGAUCGGCAGUAUUCCUGUGUCCACGACAGUGACUUCUCUGGAAGCCAUCUUCCGCCUGUACGGCAACAUUGAGUCGACCCGGGUGCUAACUCAUAAGAACUGUGGUUUUGUCAAUUUCGAGCGUUUGGAGUCCGCAGUUCAGGCCAAACAAGUUCUGAAUGGCAAAGAAAUCUUUCCUGGCGCAGGUCCCGUGCGCAUUGGCUAUGCUAAGGUCCCCGGCGUGUCUGCCACUGGCACACCAGGUGCCAAUGGAAUCCAAUCUUCUCCUACACCUGAUCCAAACUUCAAGUCUAAUGUCGGUUCGGCAGAUGACACCGACCGAGCUGACUCCCACGGUGCCAUUCCUCAAAUUCCGGCGCUGCCUGAGCUCCUUCCUGAGAUGAUCAAUAUCGUCAAGGAGUUUGGUGCGAACGAGGAAGACACCCGGCACAUCACAGAUACUAUCCAGAAUGCGAUUGCAUUCCAGGCAUAUGAAGAUGAGAUCCCCCCCGUUGCAGAAUCCAGCCAGACCCGCAUGUUUGAUGCGCCCCGUCUGCGUGAUAUUCGCAAGCGCAUUGACAACGGUGCUUGCUCUGUUCAGGAGAUAGAAGAAACCGCCGGGGCAAUGCUUCCCGAAAUCGUUGAGUUAUCUUCUGACUAUCUCGGUAACACCGUAGUACAAAAGCUUUUCGAGUUCUGCUCGGAAACUACCAAGGAGCAGAUGCUCUCUCAGAUUGCACCUCAUCUUGCUGAGAUUGGCGUGCAUAAGAAUGGCACAUGGGCUGCACAGAAGAUUAUCGAUGUCGCCAAGACACCCGCGCAGAUGGAAGCUAUUGUCGAGGCGCUUCGCCCCUACGCCGUGCCCCUCUUCCUCGACCAGUAUGGUAAUUAUGUUCUCCAAUGCUGCCUGCGAUUCGGCGCUCCCUUCAACGACUUCAUCUUUGAGAGCAUGCUCAGUCGCAUGUGGGAGGUUGCCCAGGGCCGAUUCGGUGCUCGGGCUAUGCGUGCCUGCCUUGAAAGCCAUCACGCUACGAAAGACCAGCAGCGGACACUCGCGGCUGCCAUUGCCCUCCACAGCGUGCAGCUGGCUACCAACGCCAACGGAGCACUGCUUCUCACCUGGUUCCUUGACACCUGUACAUUUCCUCGCCGCCGCACAGUUCUCGCGCCUCGACUGGUUCCUCAUCUCGUUCACCUGUGCACCCACAAGGUGGCCUAUCUUACCGUGCUCAAGGUCAUCAACCAGCGUAACGAGGCAGAAGCCCGGGACAUUGUGCUGAAGGCCCUCUUCUUCAGUCCUGGCGAUGAAGUCCUAGAGAAGAUCCUGAGUGACCAGACCUCUGGUGCCACCUUGAUCUUCAAGGUCUUGACUACUCCGUUCUUUGAUGAGGGCAUGCGGGCGGAGGUGGUGAAGAACGUGUCUAAAGUUUUGAUUAAACUGAAGGCUUCUCCCAGCCAAGGAUACAAGCGUUUGAUGGACGAAGUGGGUCUUUCGUCGCGCGGUGGUGGACGUGAGCACCACCACAACCGGGAUCAUGCAGCAAGUCAUGCCUCUACCCCGGAGAGGUCGCAGCACCGCCAGUCAUCCCGCCAUGGAAGUGCAAACUUCCCUUCGCAGCCGCCCCUGGAUAGACCAUUCGGCAGCCAAUUUGCACCAAACGUGCUCGGACAAAAUCCAGAUGGCUCACGACCCAUCUCUGCCGACCAGAACAAUCUUUCUCUGGACGGAUAUUCAAACAAUGGCAUGAACGGAUUCGGUAACCCCCUCACCGGCCUUGGCAACAUGAACAAUGGCGUGUUCCAAGAUCCAGUGGCUCCUCUCACUCCACAGCAACUGCAGUAUCAGACCUACAUCGCCGCCCAGGGUCGGGGCGUGUCUCCGGGUGGUAUGUAUUCGGGUAUGCCGGGUGCCAGCUUUGGCUACCCUACCGGCUCAGCCUCUUUUGAGAACCUGCGUUCUAUGUCUGCCCAGCAGGCACCCCAGCUGUCGGGACCCAACCCUCUGCUAGGCCAAUCCAACUAUCCUCCGCAACAAUUUAGCCCAGUGAUGCCGUCUGCUCAGAUGUACCCAUACCCUCCGCAGUACUAUGGCCAAGCACAAUCUGUGCAGGGACAGCCGGGCGGAGGUCGACGUGGACGGGCAAGUCUACCCCUUCUGUGCCGAUAA